AUGGAUAAGAGCAGGACGCAGAGCAAACAUGAUCAGGAGGAGCAGGAGGGAAGGGCUUCCUUCGUCCGACGGAUCCUCUGCGCUGGUCUGCCUCUCCUCCUCUCCAACCCUGACGGUUCCCUCUCGGAAAGCCAUCCAUGUGGGUAUAGAGAUCCAACUCCUCCUCGUACACCUCGGGAUGGCUUCUUAACUGCGGCUGACAUAUCCGCACGGCUCUUCGGUGACGUCCUGGGCAGUGGCGAUCCAACUAUGGUCGCUGAGGAGAUCACCAUACUGUAUGAGCGGCAUCGGACGGCUUUCGCUAUCCUACUGUUCGUGCAAGCGGUUUUACAAGGGCUCUUCUCCGCUUUCCAUAUCACCCAUAGUUCGAUCGCCAUCCAUGACCUCACCGCGAUGUAUAGGUCGUCGUCCCAUCAUCUGAUGAGCAUCAUCUUCUGGACUCUAGUGGGGGCUGAGAUAGUCUACACUGUCGUGUAUCUAGGGAUAGGCUGUUGGAGCAUGUACACACACAAGGCUAAGCAUUAUGCCUACUUCUCUACUUGGUGUCUGGCCGGGAUCGUUGGGCAUGUAUUGUUGGCUUAUGCGAAUCAGUUCAAUAUCAUCAUAUUCUUCUUGAGGCUAAUCAGCUACAUCUACGGCAAGUAA